AUGCUGUUUAGCUACAGCUCGAGUUUGAAGUUAAACUUCAAAGUUCGUUUUCCCAAUUUUCAAAUUAUUUGCAUGUUAUUUGGAACAAAUAUAUAUUGUGGACAAAACCAAAGGGAAAAUCUCAGAACAAAAAUAAAAAUGAGUGAUGGUAAUCAAGUGGCAAGAGCAUUAGAAAAUUGGGCAGUUAAAGAAAUGGGAUUUCGAAAUACUCAAAACAAGGAUGGAACUGAUACCAAUAAAUCUUUCGACUUGAGCGGGAUUUGUCUUGGCCCGAUGGCAGAUAUUUGGAUCUAUGUUACGAAACACAUAAAAAGUGAAUCUACUGUUCAAGUUAUCAAAGGCAAUCUGAGACUAAAUUCAAAAGAACAAACCGAUGAUCCCAAAAAACUAACACUUAUCAGCCAGAGAGACAAGUUAAGGCAAGAAAUAGCUGAACUGAAGAAAACUACAAGUGUUCUCCACGAAAGUUUAAUAGAGUCUAAAACCACUGCCCAAGAAAAAGAAAAAGAGUUGAGAAAGCAGCAACUUGCAUUCAGAGAUUUCAAAAGAUCAUCUGUCUUAUUAGGUUCAGUGAAAAACAAUGCAGAAGACAGUGUUAAAUUAUUUAAUCAAACCACAAGAGAAGUCAAGAAACACUUACAGUCUCUCGCACCUGAAAUUGGGAAUGAAACAGAUCUUGAAAGAUAUAAGAUAGAUAUCGAAAAUAUGUGUAAACUUAUGCAGAAUUCAUUGAAUGAACUCUUGAAGGAAGAACCCAACAUUGAAAAGAUUAAUGGCACAAAAAUGGCUGUUGGCAACCAUUUAGCAACCCUUUUGGAAACUCUGCCUCAUCCCCUUUUUAUGAAAUUGAUUCAAGAACAACAAGCAGCAGAAAUUUCAUCCAGGAACAUAAAGGAAUUCACGACACCUACGCAAAAUGAUAUUGCACUUGAUUUUAUCCCUGAUAACGUCGAGCCUUUGCAAAAACUUUUGUGCGAUCUUUCUUGGACUUACACCGAUACACAAACGCGUGCGAAAAAUGCCAAGGAAAAAACUGAAGCGUUGAAAAAAGAGUUAGCCGAAGUGAAAGCAGAAAUACUGCAAUCCUUGAACACGCGUUUUGAUGCAGAAGAUCCUAAACUUGCCGCAGCACAUCUAAAGCAGAUUGAAACGGAGAUUCAAGUCGCCAAGCAGAAAGGUGCAAUUGAUGGAUUGCGUAAGAUUUUGGAAGAGUUGGAGGACUUUUGCACAUGUUACGAAGCUCGCCAGGCAGAUAUUGAGCAGAAGAUUGUUACUAUUGAAGGGAACAGCCGAUUAUCAGAUCAUCUCACAGCUAUAAUAUGUACAUUGGCUAGAAAACGCGCCAAUAAUCCAAAUCUUGUUCAGCAAUUAGCGAAUCAGUCGCUUCGAAUGGUGAACGAAGAUUUGGUGGCGAUUCACAACACGCUGAAUAAAACUAUCAAGGCCUCCAAGGGUAACAUAAUUGAAAAGGAACUUGAAUUGUACCAACAACUAAAACCUAGUCAACUGUUCAACUCUAUUGUGGAUAAGAAACUUAUACCUGUGCAUCGGUUGGCAAUGAAUCGACUUCUCCUCACAACCGAGUCUGGUGUGUCGGGAAAUCAAAUUGAAAUGACUUUGAGAUGUCUAGGUCUUCCCCAAUCCAUGCCUGUCUUAAAUGUUAUGGAAGCCGUGGGGAAUAAGCAAUUACAAAUUCGUAAAAUGCAACAAACUCUAAAGUGGCACAAAAGCCGAAAAUCUGAAAUUAUGGAGAAACACGGUGUGGUCUGGCUGGAAAAUGGUUUAGUUCACUACAAAGAGUUAUCAAAGAAACUAGAAGAUAAUUGGAAUGCCCAGAAGGUAGCAAUUUUUCCCUCGUUAGAAUUGCGCCGCAAGAGAAUGGACGAAGCUUCGAAGUAUAUCCAAGAUGUCGAAGUCGCACUGCAGGAAUGGUGUGAUGAACCAGCCAAGUUAAUUGACACAGGACGAGUUGUCAGCGGCAAAUCGCUGGAGCAAUGGAGUGCUGAGUGGAAAAAAUCAAUCGCCUUAUGCCGCAGCAAAGUAUAACACAGGCAAAUAUGUAAAAAUUGGAUGGUUAAAUACAUGUAUUUUCGCAGUUUU